GUGCGGGAUUGUCACACAUAUUUAGUCGAAUUCAAAAUGUCAGCGCCCAUUAAAUUUCUCAAAUUUUUAGUGGAAAAGGGAAGAAGGGAGCUAAAAAGGGAGAUCAAAUAGACCCUUGUAAUGAAGUAUAAUUAGCUAGGAACUUAUGAUAAAAUGGAAUCAGCAAGAAAAUCAAAAAGACAGAAAAGGGGCCGAAAAGUAAAGUUGGACAAAACUGCUGAUCAGUUGUGUCAGUUGCCAAGGGAAAAAGACAGUACUUGUGCAGAAGUUGAGAUAUGCAAUAAUGAAAGUCAAAGUUUAGAUCAAAGUGUUUCUGAGAAUGCUGAAAAUGAGGAUUAUCACUAUGGUUAUUAUGACGACUAUGAAGACACUUUUAAUUAUGGUGAUGGUUUUGAACCAGAAACAGUGGAAGUUUUAAAGGACAAAAUAUUUGGUUUAAUCUUGGCUAUUUGUAAAGCUGGUGAAUUUUCCCAUGAUGCUCAGCAUUAUUUAGUGACUAUAUUAAGUGUUUGUAGCAUAGAUCAGAGAAAAGAGUUAAUGAAAGUUAAAGAAAGUAUAUAUAAUCCACUAACUUUAGCCUGUAAACUGAGAAAUCUGGAUUUAGUCAAGUUUUUUGUGGAACAUUGUCAAGCCGAUGUAAAUGGUGAAGGCUGUAGAGGAAGGCCAUUACUUUGUGCUGUGACAAAUGGGGACGAAGAUAUAGUCCACUAUUUACUUGAAUGUAAUGCAAAUAUCAACAUUCAUUAUGCUCCAAACUACAAUUUGCUGAUGCUUGCUUUAAAACUAUUCCCUGAAGAAAAAUUUGGUACGUUUGGCUAUGAAGCUAUUCGUGACUUCAAACAACAUGAAGAAGACAAAAAAGAUAAACAGAAACUUUUUACUCAAAUGAUUCAUAAAACUGAAAUCGUGAAAAUGCUUGUUGAUAAAGGGGCAAUUGAAAAAUGUACUAAAGCUCAGAUAUUUUACAUAUUAAUUUCAAUGUUUGAUGAAGAAUUAUUUAUACCCAAUUCUUCACAGAAGAUUUUACUUGACAAAAUUCCCGACUUUGGUAACAUUAGGAAUGCAAAAGGCAUGACCAUAUUAGGGUAUGAGAUGAUUCACAGAAGUUUAAGAAACAUGUCAGAAUUUCUGAAACCUUACCUAGAAAAUGUCAACAAUAUUAACACAGCAAAUGUUCUCCGAUUCUACUUUGUUUCUGAAAAUUCUGAUAACAUUGAAAACAAUGUAGACGCUGUGUUAAAAUCAUUUGUUAUUGAUAAGGAAACAAAUGAAGCAUGUACAUGUCAAAUUAAAAACUCUCACAAGGAGAAGCCAAUAUACGUUCAUCUACUUACGUAUUUAGCAUGUGAUGGAAGCUUUUCUUGCUACUUAAAACUUUUAGAGAUGCCAGAAAUACCUUUUGAAGCUAAACUGAAUAGUUUAGAAAUGUUGGGAACAUAUUGCCAUGAUCAUAUGCAAUCUAUGUAUGCAAUUCGCUGCUGGAAUUCUACAAAAAAGAUCAGACAAUUAAGAUGUCUCCGUAUGACGAGGAAUAGAAUGUACCAUACAAGGAUUCAUACUUAUCAGAAAAAUGUGUCUAUCUUUGAAAGUGGAGACACAGAUGAAGAUGCAGUUCCUCUUGCACCUAAUGGUAAUCCAUUGUCAAAGUAUUUUGGGGAUACAGUAGAUAAGGCCAUACAUAUUGUGAAUCAAUGCUAUGAUAAUCUAGUGCGGCAGGAUAAGGUUCCAGAUUUCACUGUAAAUUCACCAAACAUCUCAUUCGUAUCACUUCUAAAAAAUCAUAUGAAGGAAGCUAAUGAAGAUUUUCUUGUGGAUACAGACAUAGUACUGAUGCUGAGAAAUGCAUCAUUUUUUCAACGUUUGAUAGGAUUUGGAGAUUUCGGUACAUUCAAAGCAUUUAAAUGUUUGGCAGAUGAGUUAUACAAAAGGGAGAGAACCCAGGCCUAUGUAGCAAUGGUAACAUACAGUUUCCCGUACUUUGUAAAGCACCUUCCAAAUGAAGACAGUCUAAGUAUCUUUGACAAGAAGUUAUACUUGAGUAAGAUAAUUGCAAGAUUGGUGAAGGUUGUUGUGAAUAAAAGUUUACAAUUGACCUUUGACCUCCUAAUGGCAAUCUGGAAGUGCUGUUUUCUCGAAUGCUGUGUCACACCAAGAAACCAGAGAAAAUUUCUAGAAUUUGCAUCAUUGCUUGUGAUGAUGAAGAUAAUGUCUAGAAGGAAUAAGACAGCAUUAGAGAGUGGAAGAUUUUCAGAGUUUAUGAGGAUUGUUAUAAAAGCUGAUCUACGGAAUUUAUACGGUCAAACAUUGUUACAUUACACAGUACCCACCUUGUCAAAAGACACAGUCGAUACAUGGAUGUCGUAUGAAAGAAGUCCUUUAAUAUGUCAUUUCUCUGGAUCGAUUGAAAUGAUUAAACUGUUGCUAGCUUUCGCAGCAGACCCAAAUACCUAUGAUGAUAUGGGCAAGACACCUCUUCAUUAUUGCUUCAUGUUAAUGUAUGAUGACAUUGAAAAUGAGGAUGAGUCAAUUGGUGUAAAUAGUCCAGAAGAUGUAGUCCGAACCCUCUUACAUGGUGGUGCUCAUCCAGAUAGUGUUGAUUAUUCAGAUAGUACUCCGAUUGAGAAAUCUGAAAUAUCAGAACAUCCUCUAUGUAAAGUAUCAAAUCGCACCCUUCAAUGCCUAGCAUCAAAUGUAAUUGUGAACAAUAAGAUAGUACUUCGUGAUCAUCUACCGCCACAUUUAGUCCACUUUGUUGAAAUGCACAAGAAAAAGGGUAAAGCAACAGCAAUGAGAUUUCCUGAACAUUUCUUUGGUUUUUCAAGUGUUUAUUGGGCAUGAGUUUAUGUUGCUGUUUGUUUUUAAAAUACAGUUUGUUACUUUAAAUGUU